UCUACCUACGCCGGAAAGGAACAUUUUAAAAUGUGUUUUUGUAUCGCAGGGACAACAAAUAACAGGCAAAGGUCGAUGCUUCCGUGAUUAUAUGACGUCUCCGUCUUGAUUAACAGUGACUGUGCUCCACGUUUGUUUCCCCCCGACCCGGGCGACGUAUUUUAACCAGCGGCUAGCUUAGUCCUGAUGUGGCAGCAGGCUAAUGUUCUGUGUAGCUGAAGUUGAAGUUAGCAUUUAAGGUUGGUGUCUCUCAUCUGUAGUUUAUUUAAAUAUACAUAUAUAUAUAUAUAUAUCAAAUGUGGACAUCUUAGAGAAAACGACUUCAUCUUGUUUUCUCCAAGAGGCGAAUCUGUAUGCCAACACCUGGUCGAGCCUUUCAUGGUAAUGAGACACGGUGAUGUCUGACGUCAGGGUGAACCUGUGUGAACCGUGUCCUGACCCUGUGAGACCCCCGAGUAAUGAGGCUCCCGGGCCUGACCUCCAGAGUCCUCAGCCUGCCGGUCACCCAUCCUCAGCAGAUGCCAGCCCCUCACCCUGCGCUGAGACAAAUGGCUUGUUGUCUUUACCCUGGGAGAUGGUCACCCACAUCGCCUCGUACCUUCCUGCACAGUGUGUCAGCACUGUGCUGCCAAAGGUCUGCCAGACAUUGGGUAAUUUGGAAAAGGACAGCAGUGCAUGGCAACUCCGAGCACGUAGAUUAAUAGGAUCCCAAGCUGGCUUUCCAGUGGGGCCAAGGGAGGACUUUGACUGGCCUACUGCUUGUCUGGAGAUGGAGCAGCUGAUAAUCUGCUGGAAAGGCAGAGCGCAGCUGUUGGCCGGACAGGCCCAAAAAGAGGAGGAGGAAAGUAAUCAAGUGAGGCAGCAGCAACAGGCGGGGGAGGACCGGGUAGCAGGCGAAGAGGGACAGGAUGGUGGCAGAGAGGCUGAGGUAGAAGGGGCAGGGGUCGCUGUGCAGGAGGCUGCAUAUGGUGCUGGUGAAGAAAUGGAGGUGGUAAUAGAAGAUGGUGACGGUGAAAUGCAGCCCAUUGAAGGUGAGGACCAACCAGAAACAUUAAGAGAACAUUUGAAUGAGAGAGUGGAGAAUAUAGUAGCACUGAUCGAAGAAGAAAGGGACCACAGGAUGCUGUUUGGUGUUAAUGGGGAAGAUGGUGCUCUUAAUCACCAAGAGAACUUGGCUGACCCCGGGAAUCUGGGUAAUGGAAGACAGGGAGAGAUGGAACAAAGUCCACCCUGCAGAAGUCCUAGCCCACCCCCAGCACUGGAGUGCAUCACCAUCCCUACAAACCACAUUGCCUCAGUCAACUCUGUUCUCCUUGUCGGGGGAGAGGGGAAAGUUUGUGCUACAGCUUCCAGAGACUGGAAUGUUAAACUGUGGGAUCUACAAGCAGGCUCUACUGGGACACUGCUGCACACAUUGGGAGGACAGGAUGCGUUACACACCCAUCGGGGCUGGGUCUGGUGCCUGGCAUCUCGAGGGUCUCUGCUGGCUUCAGGGUGCUUCGACAGCUCAGUGAGGCUGUGGGACCUGCAGGCAGGUGGUGCAGUGGGGGGCCUAAUCAGAACUGAUUCUGCUGUCCUCUGCCUGUCCUGUCAGACAGAUGUGUUGCUGGCUGGUACAUUGAACAAGACGAUCACCAUGUGGGACACCAGAGCGGCCAGCCCUGUGGUGAAAAGCCUCUGUCUCCAUGGUAAUGCUGUGAUGUGCCUGGCUGCAGAUGACAAGUACAUCAUCUCUGGGGGUAAAGACCGCACUGUAGCUGUCUAUGAUCGCAGGGCAGACAAAGUCUUGAAGAAACUUCGGCUGACUUCUUACCUGCGGUCCAUGAGCUACAGUGGCAGUGAGGUGUGGGCAGGAGACAGCAACGGCAUGCUCUACUCCUUUUCCAUGCAAGCAGGGACCUUAGAAACCCUGUCUAAGUUUGAUGUGGGACACACUGCUAUGGUCACUGGAGUCCACAGAUCUCAUGGGAGCCUCUACACCUGUUCAUCUGAUCGUACUGUCAAGGUACACAUCCCUUGUGCGCCUCCCAAGACAUUAUGCACACUACAUCAUCAAGUUGGAGUCAGUGGGCUGAGUGUGGACGCUGGAGUCUUCGCUGUUGCCACAGGAGAUGUGUGUGUAGAUGUCUGGAGGCCCAGAAAAUGAAAGAGCAGCUCCUGCAAACUACAGUAUGUGGCAAGAAUCGAAAACAGAAGACAAAACACUACCUGCAGCCAAUCAACACCCUACCUGUCUUUCAGCAUUUUGAAAUUCGGAAAACCUGGAGAAAACAAGUGCUUUAUAUAAAACAAACAGCUCUGCAUCUCUUAUUAAGCGAGAUGUUCGUAGUAAUUGAAAGGAGACAUACUCUGUAUGCUUUUUUUUUCUUCUGUUUUUUCAACAAUUUGUUUAUUGAGUUUUCAUUUUUACAAAUGAAGAAAACCAUACAACAAAACAAAAGAACAAUAACAAAGAAAUAUACAAAAGGAAAGUAUGUUUGUAUAUUUACAAAUUCCCGAUAUUAAUCUGUGGCACACCUAUAAAUGCAUACCCAGCAUCAUUCAGCACACCACACCGAAGAACAAAUACACACUAUAUAUAUACACAUACAGAUGUAUACACACAAAGUAAUAAUAAUAAGUGCAAUAAAUAAAUAAACAAAUCAAAAAAAAGAAAAGGGUGGGUACAUUAUAAUAAGAUCAUUUUCUGUUCCUCAUCCGAAGGGAGCAGGUGUAUUACAUGACCUUACAUGCAGAGGUUCAUGCUAUGCUUUUUAAAAAUGUAAAAAUUUAAUUUAAAAUGUGUUUUUGAAUGUUGGAGCAUUCAUGCCUUUUAAAGUGAUAACCCAUAUUAAAAUGAAAACCUGAAUAUGAUUAUAAUAUGUCUCGUUUAACCAAUCAAUAUUCAAAGGUAAGGGUGUAAAUGAAGAUAGUUGUGGUACAUGUGGCCUAACAACGCUUUUAAUUUGCUGCACUGCCGAACAAAGAUCUUUUAAAAAGUGUAAAACUAAUGUUUUGGGAAAAAGUUCUUCCUGUUGUUUAAUUUAGCUGCACUGCUAAACUUUAUGCUGAUUUUGAUAUAUGGCAGAGGAACGUUUGGAAAACUUCAAGUCUCUUCACCUUCAUUUGUUUCUUGUUUGAUUAGAAACACACAUACAGGAAUCAUAUCUAUUUCUAAUGUCUGUCGUUGGCAUUCAAUGCUUUCAAAGAUGUUGGUUCCUUGUUCCUUUGUUCAUCUUCUUUAAAUUAUUUGUUUGUUUGAAUAGCCUGGAGAAUUUAACAUUUGUAAUAUUCACAUGUUCACAAAUUGACUGAAUCCAUUCCAGGAACUGACAUUGCAUUAGUUAGGAAACACAAUCAGCAUUAAUGAUCCUUCAUGUGCAAUGCAAUAUUUGUAUCCUGAUACACUGAUUGUUAUUGUUUUUGAGGGUAUGUCUGUAAAUGCUGCGUGUGUGUGUGUCUGCGUAAUUGUUUGGAUAAAUGUAACUCUACAUUAUUUGCACUAUAUACUUGUCGGAUGCAAUGUUUAAACACUGAAAGACUGUUAACGCUGUCAUUAGAUGUCAUUAAAAUCUAGUGUCUGAUUCA